CACCUCCUCCUCCUCCUCCUCCUCCUCCUCCUCCAAUCGCCCUCUCCUUAAGGAUCGACGAAAUCUCUGCCUUGUCCGACCAAAAAAGAAUUAAUAUUCACAAAAAGAAAAGAAUAGAACUUCACCCACCUUCUUGAUCAGUCUAUAGUGAAUUUGGUGCUAAAAUACUAAUCCCACUACUGCUACUAGUAAGCAAUCAGACAUGGCAGCGUGGGAGGCUGAGAAGGACAGGACAGUGUGUGUUACAGGAGCAGGGGGAUACCUGGCAUCUUGGUUAGUCAAGCUACUCCUUUCCCGCCACUAUACUGUUCAUGCCACCCUCAGAAACCCCGACGAUGAGAAAUAUGUUCAUCUGAAGAAACUUGACAAAGCAGCUGAGAAUUUGAAACUCUUUAAGGCUGAUUUGCUGGAUUACAACUCCAUUUCUGCAGCCAUCAGGGGUUGUGAUGGCGUAUUUCAUGUAGCUAGUCCUGUUCCUUCAGGCUCUGUUCCCAAUCCUGAGGUUGAACUUGUUGAGCCAGCUGUAAAGGGUACCCUUAAUGUACUGAAGGCUUGUUCUGAAGCAAAUGUCAAGCGCGUUGUAGCGGUUUCCUCUCUUGCUGCUGUUGUAAUGAGUCCUAAUCUGCCUGAAGGUGAAAUUAUAGAUGAGAAGUGUUGGUCAGACGGAGAAUACUGCAAGGCAACAAAUAUCUGGUAUUGUUACUCCAAGACGGUUGCUGAAAGAGAGGCUUUACAAUAUGCAAAAGAAACUGGCCUUGAUGUUUUAACUGUAUGCCCAUCCUAUGUUUUUGGCCCCAUGCUUCAGCAUGACGCAAAUGCUAGCAGCCUAAUUCUUAUAAAGCUCUUGAAAGAAGGAUGUGAGGAAACAGAAAACAAAUUCUACAACACAGUAGAUGUGCGUGAUGUGGCCGAGGCACUGCUUUUGGUUUACGGGAGACCUGAAGCUGAAGGCCGGUACAUAUGUUCACCUCACCUCACCACGACAAAACAUAUGGUGGAAACUCUGAGGAAAAACUAUGCCAACUACAAGUACCCUAAGAGACUUAUAGAGGUGAAGGAUCAAAGCCGAUGGAAUAUUAGCUCAGAAAAAUUGGAGAGGCUAGGCUGGACAUAUAGACCUGUGGAAGAAACCCUUGUUGACUCUGUCGAAAGCUACAAGCAGGCUGGGAUCUUAGAUUGAUAGGGUGCUUCUGUUGUGCGUUAAUGCACCUGUGUUUUAUAAAAAGGCAAAAAAAGUACUGAGAGAAUAAGGCCGUUUUGAUGCAAGUUACCUACAAAUACGGUUAAAAGAAAAUAUAGAAAAAUAAAAAGAAAAAAUAUCUAAAUUUUCUGAUUCAUCUCCUCCCUUACUCUCAACAUCCUUCUCCCUCCUCCCCCUCCUCUCCAUAGUUCCUCUCUUUCGCCAUACAUACAAGUCAGAUAAUGUCAAUUCGGUGCUGCACAAAUACAGUAUAAUGCCAAUUCAGUGCUUGAGUAUUUAUUUGU